AUGUCCUCAUCGAUCGAAAAUGCUGCUGUUGUAGCGCCUUCUGUAAAGACCACAGCUGUUUCAGAUGCUAAUAAAGAUAUGGAAGAAGAGACCAAGAUCUUAAUGCAUAAUGAACGCUCAUGCAUUUUUGAGUCACGCAUUGAGCAUGCAGAUUGCUGUCGUCAACGAGGUUCCAUUUAUUUUAAAGAUGGAGAUACAGAAAAAGCAGUGACGUGGUAUGAGCGUGCACUUCAUCAUGUGGACUUUGAUGAGGGCUCGUGGCACUUUGAGUUUACAGAAAAGAACCGAGAAGACGUGAAUGUAGUGAGGCUGCCAGUGUAUCUGAAUCUGGCAGCUUGUUUUUUGCGUCAAGGAGCUCCAAUUGAUGGCGAGAAACAUGAAGGUUUUCUGGCAAAAGUAGUGGAGAACGUGAAUCUCGCGCUUGCAAUUGACCCGGAAAAUGACAAGGCGCUGUAUCGUGGUGGGCGGGCGUUGUUACUGAUGGGAGAUUUGGAGGGAGCGAAGGAAAAACUGACUAAAGCAGUGAAACAUCAUCCAACGGAUAGAAAUAUACGCGAAGCGAUGGUGACGCUGAAGAAAAAGUUGGCUGAGCAUAAAAAAGUUGAGAAAGAGUGUUGGGGUGGCCGACUACUUGACGAGAAAGAGACGGACGUGAUUAAGAUUGCGAGCAAACAGCAGCAAAAGCAAGAGCAGCAGAAGAAUGAGUCCAGUAAUGCACUGUGGAUGUUUGCAGUUGUGCUUAUCGGUAUCGCUUUGGCUCUGGGUCAGCUUAGCUUCGUGGAGUAG